AUGUUCGUUAUUUUUUUAGCGACAUGGCUUAAAGCUUGCAAACGAAAUGAUCCGAAUGAGAACAAUUGCUUUAAAGAAAUGUUUGGCGGAAUUUUCCCACAUAUAGCAAAUGGUAUCCCUGACCUUGGUAUUGAACCUUUCGAGCCGUUAGGAAUUAGAAAGAUCAGCGUUUCUCGUAAUACUGGCCAAGUGGUUCAACUCAAUGGAAGCUUCAAUAAUCUCAAAAUUCGUGGACCUUCAAAUGCAACUGUUGCAAAAGCUGAACUGAAUUUGGAAAAGAAGUUUUUGAAUUUUGAUUUAGAGAUUCCCAAGCUUCGCAUCAACGCUACUUACAAUUUGAAAGGAAAUAUUUUACUUCUUCCCUUGAUUGGUGCUGGAGAUGUGAAUAUUCUUUUGAAAGAAAUCAAAACAAGCGUUUUUACAAAAAUUAGUUUACGAAAAAUUCCACAAGAGGUCAUAAACAUCGAUCAAAUGAAAGUGAAAUUCAACGUCGGCAACAUGCGAAUACAUCUAGACAAUCUUUUUAAUGGAAACAAAGUUUUAUCUGCUUCGUUCUCAAUGUUCCUUAACCAAAACUCAAAAGAGAUACUUGCCGAGUUACAAGAGGAUUUGGAAAACGGAUUGGGUGAUAUUUUCACUGGAAUAUGGAAUUCAGUCUAUAACAAAAUGCCAAUUGAUUUAUGGCUACUCUAAUUUAUAUCGUUGGAAUUGUUUGAAAUUUAAAGAUUUAAGUAGAUAUGUAAAAAAAACAGAG